AUGAAAGUAAAAGUUCUUUCUCGAGCCGCCUCAGAGUAUACACGUGAAACGCCUCAAGAUAUUCACAAAAUUAAACGGAAUUAUGACCCCACAUUACACCCUUUGGAAAAGGCUCGUGAAUACACCAGAGCGCUUAAUGCCGUAAAGUUGGAACGAAUGUUUGCAAAGCCAUUCGUUGGUGCAUUAUCUGGUCAUUCUGAUGGCGUUUAUUGUAUGGCCAAACACCCUAAAAAGCUAACCACCAUUGUGACGGGGAGUGGUGAUGGAGAAUUGAGGUUAUGGGAUUUGUCGAAUCGGGAUACAAUAUGGAAGGUUGUUGGACAUAAAAGCAUUGUGAAAGGUGUCUGUUGUAGUCCGACAAAGGGAAAUUUAUACUUUUCUUGUGGAACCGAUAAAACCGUGAAGAUUUGGAGUCCUGAUCUAUCGGGUCAAGAUCCAUUAAGUACCUACAUUGGAAAAUUUGCUUUCAGUGCGAUUGAUCAUCAUCGUCAUGACCCAAUUUUUGCCACUUCCGGAUCACAAGUUGACAUUUGGGAUGAAAAUAGGUCGGACCCCAUCAAAACUUUGAGUUGGGGAGCAGAUACAAUUAAUACUGUUCGAUUUAAUCAAAUAGAGACUAACAUUCUGGGCAGUUGUGGUACGGACAGAACCAUAAUCCUUUAUGACCUCAGAAUGAAUUCCCCACUGGCAAAAUUGGUUUUGCAGAUGAGAACAAAUGCUAUAGCAUGGAAUCCAAUGGAAGCAUUCAACUUUACAGCGGCGAAUGAGGAUCAUAACUGUUACACAUUUGAUAUGCGCAAAAUGGACUAUUUAGAUUAUUCGCCAACAGGUGAAGAAAUAGUCACUGGAGCUUAUGAUCGAACAUUGAGGAUUUAUUCAUCACGUCAAGGACAUAGUCGAGAUAUAUAUCAUACCAAACGAAUGCAGCGCAUUUUUUGUGUUAAAUUUAGCAUGGAUUCAAAAUUUGUUCUAUCUGGUUCAGAUGAUGGUAGUAUUCGACUAUGGAAAGCAAAAGCAUCCGAGAAACUUGGACCGAAGGACUAUAGAGAACGUGCUCAUUUGGAAUAUCAAGAGAAACUUAUUGAUCGAUAUAAGUACCUUCCAGAGAUUAGAAGAAUUGCAAAACAUCGUAACGUCCCAAAGGCAAUUAAAAGCGCUCAGAACACCAAGCGUAUUAUGUUACAAUCUCAGCGACAGAAAGAAGACAAUUUGCGAAGACAUUCCAAAAAAGGGACGGUUCCAUAUCAAGCAGAGAGAAAGAAACCGAUCGUUGAUUUAACAUUUCACGGAAAGAGAAGGAUGGGAAAAAAGAAAGAACCACGUUUAGUACAGCAUAGAGAAAUAUAUCAGCGUAUGAAUUUUCUUUAUCAAGCAGCAACAUUAAUGACAACGAUUACAAGUAUAAAAAAACCAAAACAACAACAGCCUUCAACUUACAGUUCAAACUCUCUGACACAAUCCUCCUCGGUGCAACAAGAACAAGUGCCCUCAACAAAAAGUAAAACAAGAAUAACAACUACACCUUCUAAUUCAAAUACAAAUAAUUUAGCUUCGCUUGGUAGAUUUUACGUAAAUACCAUGAAAACAAUUGGUAAAAAACAGGUUUUGCGUAUAGAUCCUUCGAUAAAACGUACCCUAUGUAAAAGAUGUGAAUCCAUUCUAUUACCUGGAGUAACUUCACGAGUUCGAAUUAAAUCGCGUCCUGAACCAUGUUAUCAAGUUUUAUGUACUGAAUGUAAUGCUUCAAAGAAUUAUCCUACUCGUAAAGGAUAUCAAUUAUUUUCCGAGAAACCUGAAAAUAUCUUUAGAUCAAACGAGUUAUAA